UUUGGAUUUUGUGGUUUUAGAGUUUAAAAUCAUCACAGUUAUUUUUGAUAAUUAACGCAUUGCUAGUUAUCAGUUGGUUUUCAGAGACGUUUAUUUAUCUUUUAGCCGGUUAGCACAGGACGAAUCUGGAGCAUCACCCACUCAGUCCAUGGCCGAUCAGCAUGACUCCCUCACCCACAGUUGUCCUCCAGUGGACCCGUCCGCAGCUGCAGGACACAGCUGGUUCCCCGGACCCCCUCCACCCAUCUAUUCCUGUACCCUGACCCCUGAGCUGGUGGCCAAGGCGCGAGAGGAGCUCCAGGAAAAGCCAGAGUGGCGUCUUCGGGAUGUCCAGGCACUGAGAGACAUGAUCCUUAAGGAGCAGCCCAACCUCAGGACCCGCCUGGACGAUGCAUUCCUGCUGCGUUUCCUGCGGGCCAGGAAGUUCGAUUAUGACCGAGCCCUGCAGCUCCUGCUGAAUUACCACGCGGGCCGUAAGGCCUGGCCAGAGGUGUUCCAGGACCUGAAGCCGUCCACAGUGAAACACGUCUUGGAUCUGGGCUUCCUCACAGUCCUGCCUCAGCCGGACCCCAACGGGAGAUACAUCCUGUGUCUCCGUCCAGGGAAAUGGAAACCAAAUGACUACCCUUUCGUCGACAACGUGCGUGCCAUUUAUCUGACUUUGGAGAAGUUGAUUCAACCGGAGGAAACUCAAGUGAACGGCCUCGUCAUCUUAGCUGACUACACUGGGGUGGGAAUGUCACAAGCAUCCAAUCCAGGCCCGUUCCUUGCCAAGAAAGUAGUGAGCAUCCUCCAGGAUGGAUUUCCAAUCAGGAUCAAGGCCGUUAACAUCAUUAAUGAACCCAGGAUUUUCAAAGGCAUCUUUGCUAUAAUUAAACCCUUCCUGAAGGAGAAGAUGGCAGAGAGGUACAUCCUCCACGGCUCGGACCUGCGCUCGCUGCACCGCAGCAUCCCCCGGUCGGUGCUGCCGGAGGAGUACGGCGGCACGGCGGGCCAGCUGGACAUGCGCGCCUGGUCGAGACUCCUGCUGGACUGUGAGGAGGAGUUCAUCGUGGAGUUCUGCCAGCCGGAUCCACUAGAGGGCGUGGAGCUCCCAGACUCCAUGCUGUUUGAGGGCCAGCAGGCCUCGGGACAGGAUGAGGACACCUUCAGGGGGCUGCGCUCGCAGCUGUACUACUGUUACUGACGCACCGUGCAGACUGACGCACGAGGACUGCUUUCUGUUUCAAAUGAAACUUGCGUGCAGACUUUAAAAAGGGCAAGUUGCCAAUAUUAUACAUGACUUAUUUUACUAACUGAGCAGCUCUAAUUUAGGUGGAGAGUCUUCUGUAGUUUACACGUAGCCCAGCAUUCAAUCAUCGCUCCAAGGCAGCUCCAGGCUCUGGAAAAGAUGCUUCGCCACGAGCCAGUGCAUGUUUUCGCCGUUGUUGAUGAGCUCCAUGAAACGCAUUAUCAGUCGGUUCACGACGAAGCUCAUGUUUUUCCUCAGUCAGCUGACUGUGUGUACAUUGAAACAGACUUUGCUUGACAUUCCUCUGAAACAAGCCGUUCUUUUUCUGCUCAGUUUGAGGCCUCACUUGUAUCACAGAAACAAAUCAGUGGGGGGAAAUUCUUCAGUGCAUCAUUUUAUGACUGAAGCCGCCCUGUUCUCAGACUGCAGCUCAACACUAAACACACUGUGACUUAAAGUGGGCCUCUUAAUUUGAGAAUACCUAGCCCUAAAUUGUUGUUUUUAAACUUAGGAUGAACGCCAGUGAGACGCAGCGGUGCAGUUGUUAUCACUCUCACAGAAUAUAGCCUGUACCUUGUAUCUUUAGCUGUUUUUUUUCCUCCUGUUUUCUCGAGGAAUGAUGAAAGCAAAGAAGCCGUUUCCUGGUACACAUGGACACUAAUUUUAGAAGAUCUACUUUGAUUAAUUUAAAAUGAGAAAAGAUUCCUCAAACUCACUUUUCCUCUGACUAGUCUACCUUCUCAUUUUCUCGUCGUGUUCCAUUGGUUGUUAGUGCUCGGCUUGGUUACAAUGCCCCACUAUUCUGCUCACGCUGUUUUUUUUGGUUUUUUUUUUGCGUUUAAGCAACCAUUUUGCACAUUGCCUUAAACUGUUGUAUAACUUCUGUUGCGUGCACCAAAGCAAUAUUAAUGUGUAUUUUCAUCAGGUAUUUUCUCCCGCAGAAACGGAAAUACUUUAUUGUCAGAACGUGGACACAAGGCUGAGAGAGCGAGAGAGAGUUAUGUAAUAGGUCUAAUGUUAAAUGUUACUUCUGAAUCUAUAUCACAUAGAGUAUUUUACAACCUUUAUCUCUUUUUAGCUUCAGUUUUGUGGCUUGAAUCUUCAAAGAGGAUUAUUUUUCUAAGUUCAGAUAAUCUGCCUUAUGUCUUUCAUUUUUUUUUUUCCCAGAACUUCCAUUUUUAAGCUGUUUGCCUGUGUUUCAUCACGCAGUCUUAACACAGCCGUUGUCGAUCACAGGAGUCACGAGAGGGGAAUAAAACAUUCAGCCCUCAUCUCGUUUAGAGACAUCUGGUUUGCCAAAUUGUACACAAAGCCAUGUACAGAAAUGUGCAAUAAUGCUGGUCUGUUGUCCUGCUAUAGCCUGAAGCUAACUCCGGUACGAUUGUUGUAUUUUUAUCCUUUUUUUUUUUUUUUUUUUUUUUUUAGCAUGUCUGUGGCUGAAAUAAGCUGUAUUGUGUUGAAGAAAAGUGUAUUGUUGAUCGUGAAGACAGUAAAGUAAAACUCAAUAGCA